UACAAUAGGUGUUAACGCCCACCAUUGUUAACUUAACCGUUGCCAUUAAUCCAUCAAAACAACCGUCGCCCUUCACCGCCUCAUCACCGGAAACUGCCGCAAGUUCAACGGCGAUAUAAAACCUACUCAUCUUCCCCGCUCUUUUCAGGAAUUCUUCACACAAUUUCAGUUUGUUUUUCGCAGAAGGAUUAUUUAAAAGGUUGUUUGUUAGCUUCUCAGAGUUCAUUAGUUGAGGCAUCAAUGUUGCAGAACUUGAAUUUCAUUUCUGAUCAAGUCAACCUCACUUCACUUGUUAACCAUCAUUCGCUCGUCUCUCCUGUCAAAACUCAGCUACAUGAACCAUGGGUCAGAGUUGCUAGCUCACAAAGAUUAGGUCAUUCGUUACGUUGUCAAGUUUGUGUUGACAGAAUCACCGAAACCAGAGUAGAUUCAUGGAAAAAGAACCAGCAUGAAGUUAGGGAAGACGCGUCUUCCGGUAGGGCUUUCGUGAACAACGAUGAGCAAUCUAACAACGCUCUUCUACAGAGUUUAUGCAGACAGUGGGAGUUGCUAAAAGCAGCAAGAUUGGUAGCUUUAAUGAGCCGAAGAAACCAAAUACCCGACUUUGAUUGGUGCAUGAAGUUAAUCAGAGGUCUCGUUAAGCACAACUAUACCGAAAGAGCUACUGAGGUCUUGAGUUGUAUGGUUAUGUCUGGUGGGGUCCCCGAUAUCCUCACUUACAAUACGCUAAUCAACGGUUUAUGCAAGAACAGACGUAUAGACGCCGCUCUUGAUCUUCUAGAAGGCAUGAGUGUAUCCGGUUGCCCUCCGGAUGCUGGUACGUAUAACGCUAUAAUCCGUGUUAUGCUCGAACAUGGUUAUCUUAACCAAGCCGUUUCGUUUUGGAAGGAUCAACUAGCCAAAGGUUGUGAACCGUAUGCGAGUACUAGCUCUGUUCUUAUCGAGUUAGUUUGCAAGUCGCGCGGAGUUAUAAGAGCUAUAGACGUCUUACAAGAUUUAGCGGUUCAUGGUUGUAAUCCCGAUUUAGUAACCUACAAUUCGAUUGUUAACGUAACGAGUAAAAGAGGGAAUUUCGGAGAUACGAUUUUAGUUAUAAACGAUCUUUUAUCUAACGGCAUGGAGCCGAAUACGACAAUGUACACAACGCUUAUCCACUCGUUUUUUAACCAUGGUUACGUGGAUAAGGUAGACGAGGUUUUAUCUUUAAUGAACGUAACAUCUAACGCCCCGACUAUGGUUACAUACAAUAUUUUGAUAAAUGGGUUUUGCCAGUACGGGUAUCUUGAUCGUGCUAUUGGCUUUUUCAAUGAAAUGGUGUUGAGCGAUUGUUCUCCGGACAUCAUCACUUACAACACGCUUCUGCGCGCUCUGCGUGAUGUAGGAAUGACGGAUCUGUCCCUGCAGAUUGUAGACUGCUUAAAAGACAGUAAUACCCCUCCAAGUUUGAUAAGUUACAACAUUCUGAUCGACGGGUUAGCGAAACGGGGUCAUAUGGAGAAAGCGGUUGGUUUAUAUCAAGAAAUAUUGAAAGAAAAAAAGGUUGUUCCUGAUGAUGUUACUCAUAGAACCUUGAUUUGGGGGUUUUGUCAUGCUGAUAUGGUCGACGAGGCUGUCGAAAUGUUGGAAGUGAUGGAGAUAAACGGGCAUAAAGCUACACAUAGUACUUAUAAGUACAUUAUUCGUAAGUUAUGUCGAAAACAGAAACUAGACGAUGCGAUUAAGGUUUUAGAAAUGUUGGUCUCGAGCCCAAACAGACCGUACGGUUCAAUGUUUUAUGUGGAUAUGCUUGAAAGUUUGUUUGCAGAUGGUAUGCAUGAAGAAGCUAAGCAACUACAACAGAAACUAACCGAAGGGAUGGAUGGUUAAGCUUUCCGUCUUAUAAUUUCUAGUUAUACAUGAACAAAUAGAAGUUUUUUAUGCGUAUUUGUCAUUUUCGAUAUGUUGAACUGCAAAAGAAUGUUAAUUUCAGUAGAUUAAUGUCGAUA